AUGGAAGUGGCUGCAAAUCUGCCUACCUUUGAUCACCACCACCACCAUCUUCAUUCAGCUGCAGUAGCAGCAGCAGAUGAUGAAUUCAUUGACAUGGAGAUAAACUCAUUCUCCAUCCUUGCUAAUCAAAACACAAGAGAGUUUGAGUUCCACAUGUCAACACCUCCUGUUGAGAAAGAGUACCACUCAACUACUUCCCCAGCUGAUGAGCUCUUCUACAAAGGCAAGCUCCUUCCCCUUCACCUCCCACCUCGUCUCCAGAUGGUCGAGAAGCUCCUCGAGAACUCGUGUGGCGUUGGUGGUGCCAGAAAAGAUGUGUUUGAAGAGUUCUACAGCACACCAUUGAUGGCAACCACUCCUACAGCAGCAAGUACCCCUUAUGAGUCCUGCAACAUCUCCCCAGCUGGUUCCUGCCCAGUCAGCGGGGUGCUUAAUCGCGAAGAGUACUUGCUUGAGUAUUCAUCAUGUCAAGUGAGCGGAUACAUAGACAUGGGUGAGAGUAAUCCAAAGAGGCCAUCAUGGGCAAAGAAGCUUAAGCUGAUCAAACAGUCUGCUCUCUUUGGUUCAAAGCUGAAGGCUUCAAGGGCUUACUUCAAGGCCUUGUUUGGUAAAUCCGGGUGCUCAGAUGAUUCCUGCACAGCAGCUGCUGCUGCAAGAGUUGCUGAUGAAGGGACCAUUUCAAAAGCCAGCAAAGAAGCUGGUUUAGAAGGAUGUGGGAAGACAGUUGUAGUAAAGAAAGCUCCUUUUGGGCAGAUCAUCCAAAAUGAAUUUUUAUCAACAACCAUCAGCAAACAUAAGAGUACUACUGGUGAGGAGUGCAGUGGUAAUAGGGUCCAUAGGAGAUCAUUCUCAAUGGCUAUUAAACGAAACUCUACUGCCAAAUCUUCAACAUCAACUAGUUCUUCUUCUUCAUCAUCAUCAUCAGCCUCUUCUUCAUCGUCUUCAAGCUUGAUCAGCUCAAACGGGUAUCGAGGGUUGCCAUUUCUGAAGAGAAGUACAAGUACUGUGUGUUCAGAGAUUGAGAACCCAAUUCAAGGAGCUAUUGCACACUGCAAGCAGUCUCAGGAGAUUUUUGAACAAAGGAAGAGUAGUGUAAGUGAGGUUGGGUUCUACUCACUGCCAGGUUCAGAGAUUAGUAUUUCUGAAGAACCAGAAAGGGUUGGUCUUUGUAGAGGCUGA